AUGAUCAGGCUCAACCACAAUGCUAGUUCCCUGGCUGACUAUUUACAUAGUGCCGUCCACAAAGUUCACUAUCCCUCCGUCAUUGAUUCUGGUGUUCAUUAUCGACAAUUCAUGCGUCACACCACACCAGACUUCACUCCAGGUUAUGGCUGCCUCUUCAGUGUUGAACUCGAGGAUCUUCCGACAACCAUUGCGUUCUACGACAGCCUCAAUGUCCACAACAACGUGCAUCUUGGGGCGCCAUUCACCCUCGCAUUUGCAUACACCAUGUGUACAUAUGCACAAAUGUUGGAUUGGGCAGCAACAUAUGGCUUAGAGCCUACUCAAAUUUGA